AUCCACUGACGGGAGUUGUAACAGAGGCUCAUUUUUCAAAUCUUACGAGUUUAAAGGAGUUUUCAAACUAUAGAGUGACUCCAAGAGUUUCCCUGGUUUUUAAUAUCAGUCCUGAGUGGAUUCCUCCUUUUAAACUCAGCCUCCUCAGAAUAAGAUCAUGCCAAAUGGGUCCCAAGUUUCCCGCAUGGCUUAGAAAUCAAACUGAGCUCACUGAUGUAGUGCUCAAUAAUGCUGGGAUCUCACACACCAUACCAGAGUGGUUUUGGAAGUUGGAUUUGCGUCUUGAUGAGCUCGACAUCGGUUCCAAUAACCUGGGUGGCAGGGUGCCAAACUCAAUGAAGUUUCUUCCUGGAUCCACCGUUGAUUUGAGUGAAAACAACUUUCAGGGGCCUUUGCCAUUAUGGUCAUCCAAUGUGAUGAAACUGUAUUUAUAUGACAAUUUCUUUUCUGGCCCAAUUCCUCUGGAGUUUGGUGAAAGAAUGCCCAUGCUGACAGAUCUAGAUCUCUCCAGUAAUGCUCUAAAUGGCACCAUUCCCCUCUCCUUCGGGAAAUUAAAUAACUUAUUGACCCUUGUCAUCUCCAACAAUCAUUUGUCUGGAGGAAUUCCAGAGUUUUGGAAUGGUUUACCUUACCUCUAUGCCAUAGACAUGAACAACAACAAUUUAUCUGGUGAGCUGCCAAGUUCUAUGGGUUCUCUAAGAUUCCUUAGAUUCCUGAUGAUAAGCAACAAUCAUCUUUCUGGCCAACUUCCUUCAGCUUUGCAGAAUUGCACAGGCAUUCAUACUCUUGAUCUUGGAGGCAACAGAUUUUCAGGAAAUGUUCCAGCGUGGAUAGGAGAAAGGAUGCCUAACUUGCUUAUUCUACGCUUACGAUCAAAUUUGUUCCAUGGGAGUAUUCCAUCACAAUUGUGCACUCUUUCUUCUCUCCACAUACUGGAUCUUGGAGAAAAUAAUUUUUCGGGAUUCAUUCCCUCUUGUGUGGGGAAUUUGAGUGGCAUGGCCUCUGAAAUCGACUCUCAACGAUAUGAGGGCGAGUUGAUGGUGUUGAGGAAAGGAAGAGAAGACUUAUACAAAAGUAUUCUUUAUCUGGUUAAUAGUAUGGACUUGUCAGACAGUAACCUAUGUGGAGAGGUGCCUGAAGGAGUAACAAAUCUUUCAAGACUUGGCACCUUGAACUUGUCCAUAAACCAUUUGACGGGAAAAAUACCAGACAAUAUUGGGAGCUUACAGGGGUUAGAAACUCUUGACCUCUCAAGGAACCAUCUUUCAUGCGUAAUCCCCCCAGGUAUGGCUUCUUUGACUUCCUUGAAUCACUUGAACCUGUCGUAUAACAACCUGUCGGGUAGAAUUCCAACAGGCAACCAGUUGCAAACCUUGGACGAUCCAUCCAUAUAUGAGAACAACCCUGCACUCUGUGGGCCUCCAACAACAGCCAAGUGCCCUGGUGAUGAUCAGCGGCCUAAAACGCGCAGUGGGGACAAUGUAGAGGAUGAGAAUGAGAACGGGGAUGGCUUUGAAAUGAAGUGGUUCUACAUGAGCAUGGGGCCAGGAUUUGCGGUGGGAUUUUGGGGAGUUUGUGUCACCUUAAUAGUCAAGAAUUCGUGGAGGCAUGCUUAUUUUAGGCUUGUGUAUGACGUGAAAGAAUGGCUGCUCAUGGUUAUCUCACUGAAUGUAGCUCGUCUGCGGAGGAAACUGAAUUUGGGUAGUAUUUGA